AAGAAGAGGGAUAGAAAGAGAGAGAGAGAAGAAAAAGAGAGAGAGAGAGAGAGGAAAGAACAGAUCUGCACGGAAAACGGGAGAGCAAAGUUGAUCGCUCGGGUCCGGGGCUCCGCCGGGGACGGCGGGAGGAGAGCGGCGAUGGGUCGGGCGGAGCGGCUGCUGGUGUCCGGGUUGGUGCUCGCACUGACCGGCGGCGCCGCGGGGCAGUACCGGGGCGAGAAGGGCAUCUCGGUGCCCGACCACGGCUUCUGCCAACCCAUCUCCAUCCCCCUGUGCACCGACAUCGCCUACAACCAGACCAUCCUCCCCAACCUCCUGGGCCACACCAACCAGGAGGACGCGGGGUUGGAGGUCCACCAGUUCUACCCUCUGGUCAAGGUCCAGUGCUCCCCGGACCUCCGCUUCUUCCUGUGCUCCAUGUACGCCCCGGUGUGCACGGUGCUGGAACAGGCCAUCCCGCCCUGCAGGUCCCUGUGUGAGAGGGCGAGACAGGGCUGCGAGGCUCUGAUGAACAAGUUUGGCUUCCAGUGGCCGGAGCGGCUUCGCUGCGAGAACUUCCCGGUCCACGGCGCUGGCGAGAUCUGCGUGGGGCAGAACAACUCGGACCUGGGCAGCCCCACCGCUGCCCACCCCACCCCUGCGGGGGACCCGGAGCCGGUGACCCGAGGGCGCCCCACCCAGGCGUUCCGGUGCCCUCGCCAGCUGCGGGUGCCGUCCUACCUCAACUACCAUUUCUUGGGCGAGAAGAACUGCGGGGCGCCCUGCGAGCACACCAAGCCCAACGGCCUCAUGUACUUUGGCCAAGAGGAGCUGACCUUUGCCAGGCUCUGGGUUGGCAUGUGGGCCUUCCUGUGCUGCAUCUCCACCUUCUUCACGGUGCUGACCUACCUGGUGGACAUGAAGCGUUUCAGGUACCCGGAGAGGCCCAUUGUGUUCCUGUCUGGCUGUUACCUCAUGGUGUCCCUGGCCUACGUAGCCGGCUUCUUCCUGCAGGACCAGGCGGUGUGCGUGGAACGUUUUGCGGAGGACGGGUACAAGACGGUGGCGCAGGGCACCAAGAAGGAGGGCUGCACCAUCUUGUUCAUGGUCCUCUACUUCUUCGGCAUGGCCAGCUCCAUCUGGUGGGUGGUCCUCUCCCUGACCUGGUUCCUCUCGGCCGGCAUGAAAUGGGGCCACGAGGCCAUCGAGGCCAAUGCUCAGUAUUUCCACCUGGCGGCCUGGGCGGUGCCCGCCGUCAAGACCAUUACCAUCUUGGCCAUGGGGCAGGUAGACGGGGAUGUGCUGAGCGGAGUCUGCUUCGUGGGCAUCAGCAGCGUGGACUCACUUCGGGGCUUCGUGCUGGCCCCGCUCUUCGUCUACCUCUUCAUCGGGACCUCCUUCCUCCUGGCUGGCUUCGUCUCGCUCUUCAGGAUCAGGACAAUCAUGAAGCUGGACGGCACCAAGACGGAGAAGCUAGAGAAGCUGAUGGUGAGGAUCGGGAUCUUCAGUGUGCUCUACACCGUGCCGGCCACCAUCGUCAUCGCCUGCUACUUCUAUGAGCAAGCCUUCAGGGACCAGUGGCAAACCACCUGGCUCAGGCGCACUUGCAAAUCUUACGCCGUGCCCUGCCCGGCCAACCUAAACCUUGCACCCAUGACGCCGGACUUCACCGUCUUCAUGAUUAAGUACCUGAUGACCAUGAUCGUGGGCAUCACCUCCAGCUUCUGGAUCUGGUCGGGAAAGACGCUGCAUUCCUGGCGGAAAUUUUACACAAAAAUUUUCAGCGGCAAGCAGGGUGAAACGACCGUGUGAUUCUUAUAAUUGCCAUGUGUGCGUGCGAUGCGUGUUUUUGUGGGUUGCUUGUGUGAUUUUAUAGGGAAAAANUGCAGUGUUACCUCCUCCCUACUCCCCCUCCAAGGGGUUGAACUUUUUACAUCACCUAAUUGAUGUCUGGAGACACCUAGUCCUCUGGUCCUUUCUUGCCCGUGCGGUUCUGCCAUUGGAGAUCUGUCAACAUUGGGGUGGUAUUUGCAACUUUCUUUUUUAGUCGAGACGUCUUAAUAAUAAUAAUAAUCAACCUUGCAUUUGAUAUAGCGCCUUAUCACAUCUUGAGAGAGAAAGCCACGGGGAUGGGCUUGUCUGUGUGUUGGCUGCCAGUUUGUAUGUGGUAUUUCCAGACACUGCUGGUCUAGGAACAGGAGUAGGCCAAUCAGCCCCUCAAGCCUGUUCUACCAUCCUAUAAGAUGAUGGCUGGUCUGUACCUCAACUCCAAUCACCCAUCCUUGCCCCGUAUCCCUUGAUACCCUGACCUAACAAAUGUCUAUCCACCCCAGUCUUGAAAAAUUAAGUAGACUUUGCUUUCUGACCGAUGCUUUGUUAUGUGAGGGAAUGAAGUUGGUUCAGCACCAAACUGUACAGGAAGGGGGGGGGGGGGGGUGUUAGUCGGAUAUCUGACACAAGCUGAAACCCAUCGCCAUGCUUAAGAGUAUCCAAACCAAACAGAGUUCCAUGCAUCCCACCUAUACAUGGAAAUUCCAAACAAGACUGACCAACGGUUAACCCAAGAUUUAACUACUGGCCAACUGACUAUCCUGUUCCAUGUUACACCCCUGUCCCCUGCUCUCCCCCACAUGCACCUCAUUUACCUGAUCUGAGAGGAGAAAUUAAAUUUCAACCUUAAGAAUUGAAUAGAAGUUAAACUCUUGCCUUAUAAUUGUAUUUCUAAAAAAAACAGUUCUGUCCCUUGGGCAUGAGAUAAGGAGUCCUAUCCCAGCUCAGUAUGAUAUUGCCUAAACUCCCUCAACCCCUGAAACUAUCUUCCUCAAGCCCUCCGUUUCCCCCCACCCAUCUGUAUUCAAAUCCUACCUCUUCGACUGUGCCUAUGGUCACCUCCCCCCACCCCCCCGGCACCGCCUUGCCACUCUAAAACGCUCCAAGACAUUACUCUGUGUGAAAGUCGCUGUAUAAAUGUAAGCUGUUGUUGUUUAAAGAGAGCUCCUCAGCCAUAUGGUCAGACCCUGCCUUUCAAUGAUCAGCAAUUGCUCUCAAACAGUUUUAAACUCUGUAGUGUGACCUGUGUGCAGGGAUCACUAUGCAGUCUCAGCCCUUUUAAACACGAGUGUCUGGUGGAUCUCUGGAAUGCACACACUCUCGCUGGACGGAGGCAUCCUUCUUACCUAA